GAUCUGGAAAUUCCCUUUUCUGCCAUUUAAAAGCUCAGCUGAGGGCAGUGUGAGCCCAGCGCUCUGCAAACCAAAAAACGAGGUUGUGUGCAAAAUUAUGUAGUAUUUUGUGCAAAGAAGAGAAUAAUAAAAGAGAGCAGGUGUUGCAUGUUUUUUAAAUGGGAAAUCUGUUGGGCAGCUGGCGUUUCAAGGAGCCGAGCACCGUUGAGGAAUGCGACUCGACGUGGGGGUCGGACUCAGAGAGCGACGAGCCGGCGGCUGAAGAUGACAGCGGCAUCUCCGAGACCGUCAGCCCGGCGGAGAGCGACCGGGCCGCGGGAGACCCCGGAGACACGUCGCCGCAGCUGACUGACUCCCCAGAGUCUGUUCCAAAGAUGAAGAGGAGUUUCUACGCUGCCAGGGACCUCUACAAAUACCGUCACAGCUACCCGAACUUCAGAAAGUCCCGGCUACCCAAUGAGUACCGUAACCUGCGCUUCUACCUGAACAAGAUCCCUCUAGUACCUGAUGGUAUCUAUAUAGAGGAGAUUCUGACAAAGUGGAGAGGCGACUAUGACAAACUGGAGCACAAUCACACCUACAUUCAGUGGCUGUUCCCGUUAAGAGAACAAGGGCUCAACUUCUACGCACAUGAACUGACUCAGGACGAGAUCAAAGAAUUCCAAAGCACUCGGGAAGCCAAGCGGAGAUUCCUGGCAGCCUAUUCCCUGAUGUUGGACUUCUACGGCCUCAAGCUGCUGGAUAAGAGCGGGAAUGUUGCUCGGGCUCCCAACUGGCAGGAGCGCUUCCAGCACCUUAAUGAGUCCCAGCACAACUACCUGCGGAUCACCCGCAUCCUGAAGUCCCUGGGCGAGCUCGGCUAUGAGGCCUUCAAGGCCCCGCUGGUUCGCCUGUUCUUGGAGGAGUCGCUGUGCCACAACACCCUUCCCAACAUGCAGCACAGUGUGUUGGAGUACUACGUCUACACCAUCCGCCUGCCAGCCACCCGCAGGCGCCUGCUACGCUAUGCCCGCCAGCACUACAGGCCUGCCCACGCCUUCCUCUGGGGUCCGCCACCUAAGAGACGUGGUGGUGCUGGUACUGGAGGUGGCAUGGGGGCUGGAAGUAGUGGAAUCAGAGCGCCUGCUCCAACACCAGAAGAACAAAGGAGGGGGGAGGAGAGCAUCACCUCCACUUCUGCAAGUAGUGGGAUUUUUAUGUCUUCUCAUGAUGCCAUGGCAUGCCAAGACCUGGCAGGAGGAGGGCUGAAGGGCUGCGCAGGACUCAGCUCCAGCAUGGCUGGGCUGGAUGGAACGUUGAUGAUGAUGGGAGUUAGAGGAGAGAGGAACGAGUACAAUGAGAUUGUUCCUUUGUAGGGAGCCAGUGUGUUGAAUAGGGUUUGAUUAAUACUUGGUUUUGAACACAGAAACAGCUGUUUUUAAAAAGGAACCAAUUCAAUUGUCAAGGGAAAAAAACAACAAUUCAUUGUUUAUGCCAGAACUUAGCAGGGUUAUAAAGCUUCUGGAAGACCCUGUAGGACACUGAAACCCAGGGUCAUGACAAUAAUAGUAAAACAUAUUCAUAGAUCUUUAGAAUCUGAUAAACAUGUUAUUAGAAUCUCUUCAGGUUAAGGGCUUACCAUAACGGCUAUGACAUUAUUUCUUUGCCGAAAGGGAUGGUGCGGUGGAAGGUCAUAUUUUGAGCCAAGCUAAGGAAACUCGCCUUGGAUGGAAUCCCAAAACCAUCUUAAACAGUUGAGACCCAAAUGUGUCUUGCAAGGCUUUUCCUCACCAGGGCUAUAAACACAACUUAGACAGAAAAUUGCCUUAUUUAAUGUCGUGGGCUAGAACUCUGGCAAAUGUGAAAUGUGGUUUCUGACACUGAAGACCAUUUUAAAACCAAAGGUGUCUGCUGAUUGGCAUGUUGGUCUUAGGGAGGAAUAGUUCUGCUUACUCAUCAAACACUGAAGCUACAGCUCCACUGAGCCACAAGCUGGACUGAGCUCACUUUACACAAGCACUGUAAAGUAAAUAUUAUAAUGUGAAGAGGGAGAUCAGGGAGAUUAUUUUUCUUAAUUUUUCAAAUUCUGUGAAAAACAUAAGGGACAGAAAAGACAAAGAGAAUGACUUAAAAGGGCAGGGGUGGGCCAGUUUGUAAUAGCAAUACUUUUAAAUCCUAUUUUCUGAGAUUGACUGGAAGUUUUGUUGUUAAUCUCUGAUAGUUUUAGCAGGCACAAUGUAAUAUUUAUCUAUUCUGCAAUUUUAUUUUACUCUAAAAGUUGAUAGUAGCUGCUCCCUUUGAAAGUUGUACAAAACUGUAGAGCAAAAAAAACAAAAAAACAAAAUUUAAUGACUUGUUAUCAAUAAAGACAAAGUUAAGAAUAGAUAGGCUUUUUAGUGACAUCACUACUUUCCUGUCAAGUGCGACUGGCACCAUGGAGGAACGUUGAUGAUGGCCAAAUGUAGUUUGUAACAACAGAUCAAGGAAAAAGAUUUCUGCUGUUGUUUAAGGCAAAAGAAGCAGUGUAGAAAGAUCUGUUUCAAAAUGUAGCUUACUGUGACACAGUAAUCUGUCUUUCAUAGCCCUGUUGACUCCACAAAAAUAAUAUCAAACUGUCAGCUUCACAACUAGCCUAGUUUCUGCAAGAUACAUUUUCUAGUGAUAAUGUAGCUACAUUAGUUAGCUAGUGUUAACAGAGAUGUGGUUAAUUAACCACUGGUUUAAAGCUGUCACUAUUUCAAGAAAGUCAGGUUUGAACAUGUAAGAACUAUUAUGUAAUUUGCUCCAAUUAAGUUGAAUGUUUUCAGCGCUAGCCAAAAUUGUUAACGUUGCAGAUAGCAGUUCCUUUCGAUUUUGGUGCUUCACUGAGUGACAAGCCAACAGGUGACUUUAGAUUGGUUGUUGUGUAACGUUACUGUAAGAAAGUUGCAUUUUUAAAAGGCUGCAAGCAGCCUCGCUUUUAUCAACAUUUUUUCCAUCUAUUGUGUUGAAUCCAAAAUGCUUCCAAAAAGCUUUUUUCUCGGGCGGUUUGGUGUCAUUAUCUUUUCAGCACAGCUAGCUAGUUUCUUUCAUUUUGCGGUAAGGAAGCUAAUUAAUUGAGUUUACUGAUAGGGCUACAGGUCAUGCAUUAGAUCAGUGACAUUGCAUUUUACCAGCAGGUGCAACCUGCUGUGCUUAUAGACUGAGUAUUGAAUUGGGACAGAUCAUUACAGAUUGAAUAUAAAAAAAGUUCCACGUUCAAAUGGUAGUUUGAAUUUCAAAUAAAAGAUGACAGCUCUACUAUGGUUUCAUAGCUUAUGUUGAUGCUUUACAUAGAAUCCACAAUCCUUCAUGUAUAACAUUGGUGAAAUGUUGGAUUGUUAGUUAAAAACAGCACAGAACCAUCAUGCUGUUCACAGCUGUUAUUGGCCAAGAGCAGAAUAUGGACUUUCAGUGUGGCUGCCACUGGGUGUGAUGUGUCACCUGAAUGUCCUCUAUUCUUAACUGAACAAGAUGACUGGAUGUGGUCUGUGACUAAUGUUAUGAAAGCAGACAGGUGAUGUGUGUUGCACUUUUUUGACAAUCUGUGUCUUCCUGUUGAAAGUGCUGUAGGUUUCUCCAAAUCGCUGAAAACAAACCUACAUUUUCAGGAACUUGCUGCUUCAUGAACAUGAUUGAUUGGACUCAUAUUGUCUCACCUUGCAAUAUUUUGGCUAAGUGAUAUGUGAAAUUAAACAAACACCCAUAUUCCAUGAUAUACUAUAUAUACAUAGUAGGUGGUGAUACUGUUGACUUUAUCCCUCUGAAUCUGUCGGUUCAAAGCUUCUAGGUGUAAAUGCACAGUAUUUUUGUUAGAUAUUAACUGCUGUAAAAUUGUUCAUUUACCUGUCAAAAAUUGGUCUACAGAAAUAAUGUUUCCCAUAGAACUGUACUCCUAUGAGUGUGCAGUAGUCUCUAAAUUAGCAUGCAUUAAUCCACUGAAUUAACUCUCCACUGAAAGGCAGGGUUACUGUAGCAGCUGUCAAGGCAGUGUGAAGCAGGUUUUACUGCAAGAUUUUACACUCACCUGGGAAGCUGUCAAGUAUUAUCAUAUCCUCCUCAGAAGUUGACAGCAUUACCUUUUUGUGUUAAGUUUUUAAUAAAAGGCCAAUGUUAGCCUGAUAUCAGGAAGCAUGUAUUGGUCUGUCCAGUCAGCCAGUAGGGACAGACAUUUGCAUUCCUGGUUGCAAUAGAAAGAUAUCUGUGAAAUUAAAAGCCAUGCAAGGUGUAAGACAGCAAUGGUGCAUAUGAGCAGGAUUUAAACAUUUUUCCUGACUUUGUCAGCUGUUCUUCCUAUCGAGUAAGACCUUGAUUAUCAUUAGUUGACAAGGUCUUUACAUUUCUCCCCAGCCAAGUAUAUCUGAUAUAAUUGUAAAAAAAUAACUUUUCAGGUGAAUUGUGUGAUAACAUGGACUUAAUAUUGAAUUUGUAGUAUAUUGUAAGUAUAUAUACAUAUAAAUAUGUAUGUGUGUGUGUGAGUGUGUAUGCGUAUGUAUCUGAUAUUCUUAAGUGCCUCUUUUGUAUUUUUUAUGUUUAUCUGUAUGCUGUAUCUUUCCCAACUAAUUUCCUGUACAUCCUGUUUUUUGUACAGCAUUUUGAUAUUUACAUUAUUGUUUGCAUUAUGGUCAUAUACGGUAUGAGUAUUAAUGUACAGUAAUAGCAGGAAUAAAUUCCAUUAGAAUUGGUUAAGAGGGGAGGUUAAUAAUAUAUAACACUUGAAAAUGGUUUGUAUCUGGCUUAUUUUAAAAAAAAAUGUGAUUGUUCCACAGAUGAAUAUUCACUAUGCUUGCUGGUAUUGUUCAGCACAUUUGCCACCCUUAUGCCCUACAAUGUGAAAUUUGCCACGAUUAACUCAAAUAAAAAUGGGGA